AACGAGUUUAAUUUCUUCGAGCAUCAGCUGUCAGAUUUUAACAAUUUUUUGUAGCGACGAGGAAAAUUGCCGCUGUUGUUGCAGACUAUCCGAAAAUUUGUGCAUUUCUGUUUUGCAAAUUUGGUGAUUUGAGUUAAAUUGGAGGAUCCCUGUCCGCUGUCAUCUCCAAUAUGUCUGCAGCCGAUGAAUUUGAGGAACCAGCACCUGCGCCCACCUAUAAUUGCAAACGGUGUAAAAAGACAUUUACUUGCAAACGAGAUCAACUACUACACAAAAAGGAAGUACAUUUUCAAGCAAAAUCAUCUUAUGAGUGCAAAUUGUGCUCGAAAUUCUUCUGCAACAGUGGCAAUUUAGAACGUCACAUGAAGGUUCACAACGAUGUGCGUCCAUUUGUGUGUCAUAUUUGUGAGAAGGCAUUUGCACAAGCCGUUAAUUUACAACGCCAUUUCUCGGUGCACAAUGGAGAGCGACCAUACCAAUGCAGUUUUUGUACCAAAUCGUUUACUCAACAAAGUAACAUGCAUCGCCAUCAACUAACUCAUACUGGUGAGAAACCAUUCCGUUGUAAGCGAUGCGGUCGGUAUUUCUCUCAGCGCGUCAAUCUUAAGAAACACAUAAUGGGCCAUCUAAACGCGAAACCUUACUCCUGUGGUAUCUGUCAGAAAUCCUUUAUACAACUUAGUAAUUUCAAAAAGCAUCUGCAAUCUCAUGUUAGAGACGGAAUCGAAGUGGAUGUGGCAGCUACUGUUGCCGCUGCAACUGCUGCAGCUCGUCAAAAUAUUGAUCUUGCAUCUCAGCCAGUGGCUUUUGAAUGCGCUAUUUGCCGCAGCAUUUAUGAUAAUUUUGCUGAUUUUGAAAUGCAUGAAAGUGCAUGCACUGGAGCUGUACAACCGAAAGUGGAAGCUCUGGAACCAAAUAACUCUGUUGAAAUGUUUGCUCCAAUGAAAUUUGAGGUUUCUCAUCUGGACACUCAUGAAAUAAUUAUUGAGACUACCCGAUAAAACUACUGAAUUAAAAAGAACAUGUUUGAUGAAACAUAAAUUUAAAAUACACCUAAAAAUAAAAUAAUAGCAUACGAGUGCGCACUUACAAAAGAUUACUGACACUUU